AGGUUAUCUCGCCCUAAGUAUAACCUUCACUCCCGACUCGCAUCCACGCACGCACGCACGCUCCUUGAACGAUCCUAGACUUCGCAGCGGCUUUGCAAACCCGCAUCAACGUGCCGGUGCCUUCGCUUCUCGCUCUCUUUUGUUUUGCCAACCACAAAAAGAAAACAAGGAAAGAGAGAAAUGUCCAAGUCUACACUCGACACGGCAAACACGACCAUCGCCAAGGCCCCUCCGCCGGCGGCGGCCGCGGCAGAGCCGCACGGUUCCGGUUUUCCAGCCAAAGGCACCUUCAAUCGUAUGCUGCAGAGUCACGAGAGCAUCGCGCAUGACAUGAGCGGCAACUUGAAGGCACGUCGCAGCACCGCGAGCUACGACUACCUCGCCGGCCAGGACGACGACCAGCGUCCGCCGGGCAUCUCGGAGAAGUUCAGCUACCACAUGCCAAAGAAGCCGUCGAGCAAGCGCAGCUACGACUACCUCGACGAGGACCAGAACCGCGCCCCGCCCAUCCCGCAGGCCUCGGCGGAGAGCCUCACGAAGCACGCCAACGGCGGCUACUUCGAAUCUGACAGCGACGACGAGGACGCCACACUGGACCAUCAGAUCCGCAUGCUGGAGGCGAAGAAGGCGAUGCACGGCAAGUGCUGCAUCGGCAACCCCGGUCCGAUCGGCAUGUUCGCCUUCGGCAUGACGAUCAUCCAGUUCAGUCUGUACAACACACGCGUCUUCGACCGCUUUUCGGUCAUCCCGGCGAUUUCGAUUUGCUUCGGCGGCGGCACGGGGAUGAUUAUGGGCGUGCUGGAGUGGGUUAAGGGCAGCACCUUCGCGUACGUGACCUUCGUCGCCUACGGCGCCUUCUGGUUCUCCAUCGUGUGUGUCUGGAUGCUGCCGAACAACUCCAACGGCGGCCCGCCGGAGAUCUCGCCGCCGAGCGACUACUUCGUCGGUGUCUUCUACCUGCUCUGGGCCUUCUUCUCCAUCAUCGUCACCCUCUGCACCCUCCGCAUGAACGUCGUCAUCUUCCUCGUCUUCCUCACCACGCUGCUCAUGUUCUUUUCGCUUGCUGGCGGCUACAUGGCGAACAACCGGACCGCCAUCAAGGCAGCCGGCUACGAAGGCGCCCUCUCCGGCGGCUUUGCGAUGUACCUCGGCGUGGCGGAGGUGGUGAACGAGGUGUGGGACCGCACGUUGUUGCCGGUGAUCCCGAUGACGCAGGUGCUGGGGUGGUUCGGCGCCAAGACAGGGACCGAGGACGAGGAAGACGAUGCGAGCGAGGAGGAGACCGACGAGGGCGAGCGUGUCCCCGCUCACAAGGUGACGCCGGAAAGCUAA